AUGUUAAAGCAUCCUCCGGCUAUCAUAGCUCUCUUCGUGGUCGGCUACGUCAUCACGUUCAUGGUGACGAUGAUAGGAAACAGCAUCGUCUGCUACGUCAUCCUGAAGAUUCCCCACAUGCGUAACGUGACGAAUUACUUCGUCUUCAAUCUGGCCGUUAGUGACAUGCUGUCUGCCAUCUUCUGUAUGCCCUUCACGCUGGUGGACCAUAUCAUCAGAGGUUGGCCGUUUGGUGAGGUUAUGUGUAAGGUGUUCCCUGCCAUGCAGAUCAUCACAGUAGCAGCAUCACUUUUCACCCUUGUGGCCAUCGCCUUUGACAGGUUUUAUGCUGUCGUGCACCCGACAACCCACACCUUUACGUCCACAGUAGCUGCUCGUGUCAUAAUACUUGUGUGGGCCAUGGCCAUCACCCUCAGCAUUCCGAUAUUCAUUGUUCAAGAAAGCCACUACCAAGUCUACAACGAUAUAGAUCUAACCCUACAUACAUGUUUGGAGAACUGGCCUUUCCAUAAUUCCAGAAAGAUUUUCACAGUCUCACUGCUUGUUAUUAGUUAUGUUGGCCCUCUCACUAUCAUAACUAUCUUGUACACUCGGGUCGGCGUGCAAGUGUGGUUCAUGAUGCCACCGGGUGUCGUUAAAGUGCGGGGUGAUGGUCAAGGUACCCCCAUGCAGAGAAAAGUUAAGGUUGUGAAAAUGAUGGUUGCAGUUGGCGUACUAUUUUCUCUGUCCUACCUUCCCAUAUUCACCUUGAUGAUGCUUGCCGACUUUGGCAACCUAAGUGAGGAUCAACAGAAUUUCGCCUAUGUUUGGAUCUAUCCAAUAGCAAAUUGGCUUUCAUACAUCAACAAUUCUAUAAACCCAAUAAUAUAUGGCUACUUCAACAGAAACAUUCGAAAGGAAUUAAAGAAAAUGGCUCGGAAAGAUAAAUUUGUAGGAGACUUUGCCAUGUCAAAAUACAAUUCUCGAACUACUUCCAGAUAUGACAAUAGAACACGAGAUACCCAAGUCGGUACCUCCGGCUAA